GUGCACUUGACGCGCGCACUAUAGGCCAGCAGCCCGCGUGCGCUAGUGAUCUCGUUUGUGAGGUCGGGGAGAAACUGGUUCAGUUCGGUUUGGUGGUCGUUAUCAUCUUUACAGCGCGUGGCACGGUCUGCUGUGAACAGUAGAAAAAAGGUGGUGGUCUUCAUUGUCAGCUUUUGGAGUUCAGCGAAGCACAGGCAUAAUGAAUCGUGCCUUUUCACCAUCACUGGUUAGGCCAAACCUUCCUUUGAGAAGACCUGCAUCUGGUCCUGGUUUGGGGGUGAUAAGGAAUCCGAGUCCGGUGUUUACUGAACAAAGCACCAGUUUACUGCAAAGAUGUUCUGUUGCAAAUAGCCUAGAAGGGCUAAAAGCUGAAGCCAGUCGAAAGGAAACUGCUGUCGCUGUAGCAAAAGACAUCAAUGCUAAUGAUGAACCCUUACCUGCCCCAGUAAUGGUAAACCUGUGUAACUACUGCAGUCAGCAGGGUAUGCUCAGGUGCACACGGUGCAAAAAGACAUGCUACUGUUCUGUAGCCUGUCAAUCUGAAGAUUGGAAGGCCCAUCGCCACUUAUGUAAACCAAGCACUUCAGAGAACAGCGCAAGUAGUGAUAAACCAAAGGAGCUCUUAAACAUACCUUCUGGAAGUGUCCCUAAUGUCUUGGACUCUAAGGUGAACAAUGGUGAGGUAAUUCAGUUGAAGAGAAUUUUCUUGCGUGAUUUAUGCAAGAGUAACAUAUCAAAAGGAGAUGAAGUGCAGGGAACUGUGGUGGAGCUGAGACAUCCAGGAAAGUUCUUCAUCCACAUCCAGUCAUUAAAGAUGACCGAAACCCUAAGGUCUAUUACUGUGGCUCUGCAGAAGACUUAUGGCAGCUCACAUCCUGCAGAGUACAAGCCAGAAAUUGGGGAACUCUGCACAGUAAAAUUCUCUGUAGAUCAGAAUUGGUAUCGAGGUGAAGUUGAAUCUGUUGAUUUGGAUCGCCUCACUGCAAAAGUACUCUACAUAGACUUUGGAAAUGAGGAAGAUGUUUCAUUUGACAAGAUUCGUCCCAUGGCAGAGAACAUUGAUCCUGCCCCACCAUGUGCUUUACAGUGCUGUGUUGCUGGGGUAACUGCACUGACUGACAGCUGGACAGGCGAAUGCAAUAUUGCUGUGAGACAACUUGUUGCAGGAAAAAACCUAACCUUCACAGUGAUGGAAAUCAUGAACGAUGGCACCUUGCUUGCAGUAGAUGUCUCUCUGUCCAUGCUUGGUAAGAACCUCAGUGCUUUCCUGAUUGAUCAGGGAUAUGCCAUGAAAGUGGGCACACCUACGAAACCACAGACUGAGCAAGAAAUUAACUCAUUAAUGACAGCUUCUUUUGAGAACUUCAAGCGUUUAUCCACUGGGAAGAAUGAGAACAUUGAUGCUCAGCCACCCGAGCCUCUGACUCAAGGAGUGGGAGACACUUUUACAGCCAUAGUCACUCAUCUGCAGUCCCCUUCAGAAAUCAUCUGCCAAAAGCUAGAAAAUGCCAGUGCUAUCCAACAGUUGCAAAUGAGUCUGAGAGAACAUUGUACCAAGACUCCAGCCAGUGAGAACUUCAGACCUGCUCCUGGAACUGUCUGCUGUUCUCUUUUCUCAGAGGACAACCAGUGGUACAGGGCCAAAGUUCUAGCAUAUUCAUCUGAGGAUCGAGUCUGUGUGGGUUAUGUAGACUUUGGGAACUCUGAAGAGGUGGAGUUGAUUCACCUACGACCCGUCUCUAUGGAGUUGUUGGCUUUGGCAACUCAGGCAAUUCCCUGUGCCCUAGCAGGUAUUAAGCCUACCUCUGAAGCGUGGUCAGAGGAAGUGAUACUGAUGCUGAAAAGACUGGUUUGUAACCGUUUCAUCCAAGUGGAAAUUCUCGGAGAGCGAGAUGGAAUGGCUCUAGUCUCCAUGGUUGACGAGUCCAGUGAUCCUCAGACUAAUAUAGCUGAGAUGCUGGUUGCUACAGGUUAUGCUGCUGUGGGAAAUAUGGAGACAGUAAAAGAAGCAACUAAGGAGGUUGAGUCCAAAAGCCCUGCUGUCGACAAGUUGGAGUGGACUUGUGCUGAACUUCCCAUUGAUGGCCAUGAGGUGGUGCUGGUGAUCAGCGUUCUAGAAAAUCCUGGUGAAUUCUACUGCUAUAAUUAUAGUACAGAAGGCUUGCAGACUUUGGCAGAGUUGUCUUCUGUUCUUAUGAAGCACUGUGACACUGAGAGGACUCCUUUUAGCCCUGCUGUAGGAGAACCCUGCUGCGCUCUCUUUAGCGGAGAUGGCCGCUGGUACAGGGGCAUGGUCCAGAGUGUGGAGGGUGAGGGAAAGGCUAAAGUGUACUUUGUGGAUUAUGGGAACUCCUGUGAGGUAGAGGUGACUCAUCUCAGAGCCAUUGAUCCCAGUCUACUUAAACACCCAUUUCAGGCUAUACGCUGUACCCUUGCAGGUGUUGAGCCUGCAGGAGGCCAGUGGAACGGGACUGCAGUGCAGAGGUUCGGGGAAUUGUGUAUAGGGAAGCAGCUCAGUGGCAAAGUGCUUUCCAUUACUGAGAGGGGAUAUGGGGUGGAGUUGAAGUGCAAUGGUCAGGACGUUGCAGCUGUGCUUUUGUCAGAACAGCUUGCCAAACCUUUUGGACAAGAUACCAAACUAACUCCCCAACAAAACAAACCCAGCGAUUUGAAAGAAGCAUCACCUGCACAAACACCACUGCAGACUGAGAAACUGCCACUUGCUGAGCAGCCAGACAGCAUCACCGAUGAAGAACCGGCUCCAGCACAAGCAACCCAAUCUUCAAGUGCUUCCUUUGUUUUGGACUGGAAGACAAUAGAACUACCUAAACAAAAGACUUUUCAGCCACAGGUGGCAGCAGUGACCAGCCCAAGUCUCUUCUAUGUGAUGAAUCCUAUACUAGAAGCGAAUCUACAGGUGUUGCAGGAUGUCAUGGCAGAUGUGGCAAAGUACUGCAGCAGUCAGACUGUGGCCAACCAGAGUGUUCCUUUACCUGGAUCAGCAUGUUGUGCACAGUUUUCAGGUGACAAGAAUUGGUACAGAGCUGUGAUACUGGACACAACAAGCACACAUGCAAACGUGAUUUAUGCAGAUUAUGGGAAUUGUGAGAGGGUUCCUAUCACCAGUAUCUUGCCCAUUCCUAAAGAUCUUUUGCAGCACCCAUUUCAGAUUGCCAGGUGUGCUCUUUCAGGUAAAGAGCACUUUCCCACUGUCUGGCCAACUGAGGUUCUGGAACUCUUUGGAGUUCAGUUAAGCAGCAAGGUAUUCGCCUCUGUACAGGGAUUUGAUUCUACCUUUAACCUGCUGAUGCUUACCCAGCACACAGGCAAUGGAGGAAACAUUAACUCCAUAAUUCUUGGAGCCUUGAGGAACGCUCCAGUCAAGGCUAGCACAAAAAAGGUGGCCCAGGAGAAACCGGUUAAGGUUCAAGGCCAAUCCGAGGCUGACAGGGAAACCAAGCCUUCAGGACCCACAUCUUCAGACACUGAAAAGCUUAAACCCAGAAGUCAGCAAAUUGAAAAAAUGAAGACUGUGGUGGCUAGUGAGGAAAAUAUGGAGCUACAGGCCACUGCAGGUCCAACGGGUGACUGUAGUGUUCCUGUUUCUUCAUGCUGCUGUGAUGCUCUGAAGCAAAAGAUUGACAGAAUCGAGGAGCUGGUCAUGCUGCUCUUGAAGCACACAGGAGGAAACAAAAAAUAAUUCUGUUCUGACGAGGUGUUUUGAGAUGUUACUCUGCAAUUUUGUUAAGACAAUUGAGAGUUAAAUUUUGCUUUAAAAAAAGUUUGAUGCAAGCUCAGUAGUUUCUAAAUGUUUUAUCUGUUUGUGUUCACAAUUGGAAGAACAGUUAAGUAAAUUAGUACAGAACGCAAUAUUAUAGUAUGGUUUGGUUUAAAAUGUUUCUUAUUUCAAACAAGUAUGGCUGUUUUAGUUGCAAUUUUAAUAAAUAUUGUAUUAUGUCUUCA